CGUGAUAAUCAGGCACCGUUUCCUAGAUGGACGAGACACUAUCCUCCGAGGUGAUCUAAGAGAGUGAUAGCAGACUUUUGCUUGUCUAGAGUCGUAUCGACCAUGCAAAACAGGCUACUUAUCUCACAAAACCUGAUAGGCCCGAUAGGUCGCUGCAUGUGAAUCCUCUAAACUGGUGCCAAUGGGGAAGGUCGGUGUUGUUACCCCCGGAUUAAACGGCAAAUCCGCCUGUUCCUAGUUACCACCGAACAUCUGCCCCUCCUGCCUGCUACGAAUUUGUAUGUUCAUCCAACCACUUCAGCCGCGAUACUACCUUCGAUUCUAGGCGAAUUUCACGACGAGCAUGCUGUGUUGAUUACGCCAUCCGCAAGAAUCCGGCCCUGAGUGUCUAGAUGGAUAUACCACUGCAGAUUAUGUAUAAAGGGGCCGACUAGUCCGGACCCCGGCGCAUAGCAAACAAGCAAGCACGCAUCCGCCCAUCCAUCUUGUUCACCAUGAAGUACGCUGCUGCUCUCACUACCCUGCUCGGCCUUGCUGCCGCUGCCCCCCGUAGCACCAUUGUCCAAACCUCUGGCCUCGAGCUACACCAGCGCACCCCGGCCGAGCGCAUUGCCCUCGGCUCGCGAACCAGACACUCUACCAGAAGGCCCGCUGUCGGCGACCAAAGCAACGGCGCAGCCAUCCGCUACUCUGACAACUGGGCCGGUGCCAUUAAGCACAGCAAGAACAUCACUCGCGUGGCCGGAACAUCUGCUGUUCCCAAUGUCACUGGCGGCCCCAGCCAGUCCGGCGGCUCUUCAUGGGUAGGCAUCGACGGCGACAGCUGCCAGCGCGCUAUCCUGCAGACCGGCAUUGACUUCUACGUCGACGGCACCUUUGAUGCCUGGUGGGAAUGGAUUCCCGACAACACCAUGUACUUUGACCAGCCCUUCCCCCUCAAGACUGGCCAGCGAAUCGCCAUGGAGGUUGAUGCUUCGUCCCCCAAGGAAGGCAUCGCUAAGCUCACCAACUUGGACACGGGCGUUACCGUCUCCCACACCUUCACCAAGGAUAAGACUCCCUCUGCUCUGUGCGAGACAGAUGCCGAGUGGAUCAUGGAGGACUUCUUGGGCAACUUGGCUGACUUUGGCACCGUCACGUUUACCGACAAUUCUGCCUCGGACGCUAGCGGCAACAAGUUCACCCCUGCGGGCGGCGACCUCAUCGAGAUCAAGGACAGAGAAGGCAACCCGAAGACGGACUGCAGCAUUAACGGAGAUGAUGUCUCUUGCACCUACGUCCAGUAGAGUUUGGGAUAGUGGUAUAUGAGAUAUACGGGUCAACAAUGUACAUAGUUGUAUAGGCGAUGCGGUACAUAUUGCAUAUAACGUGGUUCACGAGCGAGUCGGCUACGUUGUGUCCUUUUUCAAUUGACUGAAUAAAUGCUCAGUUCUUCAAGUUAUC